CGAAGACCCGGCGCGAUGCCGCUGAAGAAACCCGACCCGAAGAAGGAAGCAGCCAAAGCAGCUCCAGUCCCAGAGCCCUCCAGAGACCCUCCCUUCGAUCCCAAGAGCGUGAAGAUUGAGUUCACCGCAGAGCAGAUCGAAGAGUUCAAGGAAGCCUUCAGCCUCUUUGACCGGACGCCCACGGGGACCAUGCAGAUCAGCUAUGCGCAGUGCGGGGACGUCCUGCGGGCGCUCGGCCACAACCCUACCAAUGCAGAGGUCCUGAAGGUGCUGGGCAAGCCCAGACCAGAAGAAAUGAACACAAAGACGCUGGACUUCGAGACCUUCCUGCCCAUCCUGCAGCACUUCACCCGCAACAAGGAGCAGGGCACCUUUGAGGACUUCGUGGAAGGGCUGCGGGUCUUCGACAAGGAGGGCAACGGCAUGGUGAUGGGCGCCGAGCUGCGCCACGUGCUGGUGACGCUGGGGGAGAAGAUGACAGAAAACGAGGUGGAGCAGCUCAUGGCAGGGCAAGAGGAUGCCAAUGGCUGCAUCAACUAUGAAGCUUUUGUCAAGCACAUCAUGUCUGGCUGA